AUGGGAAGGGCAAUGGUUGCCGAUAAUUAUCCAGGCAUUGGAGAACGUAGGAGAUCAUGGAGACUGGAAGAUGCAGAAGUAAUAACAAAAAGCUUGGGAACUAUGAGUAUUCAAGGCUUCUCUAUAUCUGGAGAAGAGAGGAGUAAUAUAGUCUUGCAAGAAGAAUCCUUUGCAUCUAUGACCAAUCUGCAAUUGCUUUGGAUUGCUGGAGAAGUUGAAAAGACAGACUUCCUAAAUUUAUGUCCUGAUUUGAGGUGGCUGCGUUGGAAGUCGUCCCCAUUGACAUGUUUGCCUUCUGAAUGGUCUGUAGAACAUCUAACCGUACUGGAUUUGAGUUCUGGGACAAGGGAGUCUCCUACCAAGUUAAGAGAAUUAUGGAGUGAGAGAUCCCUUUCCAAGGUAGAGUUUCUACACAAUGAUAUUACUUAUACACCAGUAUUGCUGACCAUAGAUGAUGCUAUUUUAACUUUUCAUAAAUUUUUUUUGGACAAUUAUGUUAAGCAUGCAACUGGAAAUGAAGAAUUUGAGAAUCUCAGUGUGCUUCGGCUGAGUUCUGCUCAAUAUCUAGAGAGACUUCCAGAUUUCUCAGCCUUUCCAGCACUCACGGUUCUUGAUCUAGAAGAUUGUCCCAACUUGACGAGUAUACCAGAUUCUAUUGGUAUCCUAGGAGGACUCAAGUGCUUAAAUCUUUCCUGGUGUAGGAACUUGGUCAAGCUUCCUGAUGGUAUCUCUAAACUCUCAUCACUUGAAAAACUCUCGCUAAGCCAUUGCAUUUCACUAAAGGAGUUGCCAAGUGCCAUGGAAGAAUUAAUGGCUCUAAAAGAACUAGAUAUAGGAUUUGCAAGACAUAUUCAGGAGCUGCCUAAUUUUGGUAAACUACUUAAAUUGGAAUCUUUGACUUUAGCUGGCUGCUUGUCCAUUAGCUUUCUGCCGGAUCCAAUUGGAGAGCUCAAUAACCUAAAAGAACUUGAUAUACAGUUUUUAGGGCUUAUUCAGAAGCUACCUUCAUUGCGAAACCUCUUGUCCUUGAAAAAGCUGAUUAUAAGUGGCUGUGAAAGCUUAAGAAACUUACCUGAAUCACUUGGAGAACUCAGGUGUUUGCAGUAUCUUGAAAUGAACAAAUGUAGUAGUAUAGACUGUUUGCCAGAGAAAUUUAGAGACCUUGUGCACCUGGAGGAACUGUACAUGAAUGACUGCCCCAGAUUUCUUAAUUUUCCCAGUGGUUUUGAAAAUCUUUUAAACCUCAGAAUUUUGGAAAUGAGGCAUAAUCCUAGUUUAAUGCAACUUCCUUCAAGCAUUUCCAAACUUCCAUCGUUGGUGUGGUUUGAUGCAAGCGACUGUAAUCUGUUAGAUGGUCUUCAUGAAGGGAUCGGAGAUCUAUUGCCACUGGGAAUUCUCAACCUAGAAAAUAAUUUUUUCUGCCAAUUGCCAUCAAGCAUUUUUAAACUUACUAAUUUAACCAAGCUGAACUUGAAUAAUUGCCACUCUCUUGAAGAACUUCCUACUCUUCCCCAAGGAAUUGUAGAGUUGGACGUUGGCAGUUGUACACAAUUGAUAAGAUUACCCUGUAUGUCAGAUUUGAAAAGGUUGACAACUUUGAUGCUAUGCAACUGUGAAAAAUUAAUAGAACUGCCAGAGCUCAGCUCAUCUCAGUGCUUGGCAGUGCUCAACAUAUCAAAAUGCAUAAAUAUUAGAAGUCUGGAAGGAGUUGAAGGGUUGAACUCAUUAAAAACAUUUUACUCUGGGGGAUCCGGUGUUUCUGUAUCAAACCUUAACCAGCAUAUCGAGGUAUGUGGGAUUCUGUAUUUUCUCUUUAAAUGUCUCUCCUUUUAA